CAGAAAUUGCUUGACCUGGAUUACAUUUUAUUUCGCACAUAUAAAGUUGCGGAAAAGGAAGGUGCAAAGUUCUUGUUGGUCACUGUCUGCUGCCCCGAUUGAACAAUUGAAAUGGGAGAAGAACAACCAUCUGUGUAUAAUUCACCUGCCAAAAUUUAUGGUGAAGAAAAAGAUGUGCAAAAUCGGUUUGCAGCACUGAAUGAUGCUUUUACAAAAAAAUAUGGCCACCCUCCGUUGUUUUAUGCGAGAGCACCUGGCAGAGUAAAUAUAAUAGGAGAACAUAUAGAUUACUGUGGUUAUGCUGUCUUUCCAAUGGCUUUGGAGCAAGAUAUUGUAUAUGCUGUUUCAACCAAUAAUGAUGGCAAGUACAAAAUGGCAAAUACAAAUUCUAACUUUGGUGAUUACGAAACUGAUGUGAAAUCAUUUGAAAUAACUGGACACGAGUGGUAUGACUAUGUGUUGUGUGGCCAUAAGGCAACAAUUGACGAGGCGAAAAUAGAUGUUCCGGUUGGAAUGAACACACUUGUUGAUGGUACAGUUCCAAAAAGUGCUGGUUUGUCAAGCAGUUCUGCAUUAGUCUGCUGUUCUGCUUUAACAACUAUGUAUGCCAACAAAAAAAAUCUUUCUAAGUUAACUUUGGCUGACGCCAGUCAACGAUGUGAAGCUUAUGUUGGAACAGAAGGUGGAGGGAUGGAUCAAGCUAUAUCCUUCUUAGCUGAGGCUGGGACAGCGAAGUUGAUAGAAUUCAAACCAUUAAGAGCUACCGAUGUUCGUUUGCCGGACGGUGCAAAUUUUGUGAUUGCAAAUUCUUUGCGAGAGAUGACGAAAUCAGAGAAUGCAGGUGAAUAUUACAACAAGCGUGUGUCGGAAUGUCGAAUUGCAGCUCAGAUAUUGUCAAACAAAGCUGGCAUUGAAUGGAGAAAAACGAGACGUUUGGUAGAUACGCAGAAUGCAAUGAAUAAAUCGCUUGAUGAAAUGGUGCAGCUUGUAGAGAAGACAUUUCACAAAGAGCCAUACACUAGAGAGGAAGUUUGUAAAGAAUUAAAUAUUACAGAUGAAGAGUUGAUCAAGGAAUGUUUGAAUCCUACCACAGCAUCUAGCAAAGAAUUUAAACUGUACCAUCGUGCAAAGCAUGUUUAUUCAGAAGCAGCUCGUGUUUGGAAGUUUAAACAGAUAUGCGAAGAAAACCCUCCAGAUUCGUUAAAGGCGCUCGGCGAGUUGAUGAAUGCAAGUCAAGAGAGUUGUGCUAAAGAUUACGAGUGUAGUUGUGACGAGUUGGAUGAACUCACUACCAUUUGUAGAGAAUCAGGCGCACUAGGGUCGCGUUUGACUGGCGCAGGAUGGGGCGGAUGUACAGUAUCUCUUGUGACGUCAGAGGUCAUUGAAAGCUUUAUUGAAAAAGUGAAAAGCAGGUAUUUUGAAUGUAACGAAAAACGACGUGAGAAAGUCAAGGAAGCUUUGUUCGCAACUAAACCUGGCUCUGGCGCUGCAAUUAUUCUCAUCUAAAUAAGGUGACACGUGACAGGUGCCACGUGAAAUAGUUCAAUUUUUAGUUUUAUGAGGUCUAUGUCCAGCUGAUAUGUGCUUUUAAUUACUGCUAAUGAGAUUGUGUCAAUCUGCUUAUCAUUGACAAAGAAGAGGUUACAUAAUCUUGAAGCAUGAGAAUCAAAUGGAAUUAACCACGAUUUAUUAAAAUCUGAUAUUAAGUCUUUUUCUAUUUUAAUCUGGUGAAAAUAAUGAUUUAUACUUAAUUUUUUUUACGACGUACUUUAUAGAAUCUGUAACAAUUAAUGGGAAUUUAAUAAAUAAACGAAUAGUAUAUUGAUAAUUUUACAUGUUUGUAGUUGUCUAUUUGAUCAUUGAUAUUAGUCAUUCCUGAAAUUAGAAAAAAAUGAAGGUAUGCUACACAUCCGCUGUACAUUGUGGAAAACUACAUGCCUCUGUGAUGGAGUAGAAGAAGGAUUUUAAGAGGUUUCUUUUGUGCAGAUUUGAUGUUUUUGUUGAAUACGAGAAGUUAAAAAUAAAUAAUUCAAAAAACAAAAAUACAAUUCAACAUUUUUAACCAUAAUAUUGAAUACUUCGUAUUUCUUCCAUAUGAAUGGAUGCUGAAAAUCUGGACACGAGUUCUCACUGUUGUGAAACAUCAACUAAAUGUGAGUAAAACGAUGUGGGUAGAUUAAAAUUUGAUUUCUCACUGGAAACAACAUUUUAUUACAACACAACUUCGCGCGCUACACUUCUUUGAUCUCAUUCAUGUAAGAUGGCGUAUGAAGACAAAACAUGGCGAGAGCAGGAGUACGAAGAUAUACAUAACGAACUCAAGUGUAUCGCAUGGAAAUUGUACGACUUAACAACCGAUUUUAAAGAGUUGCAGUUAGAAGCUGACGAAUUAGUGUCAAAUCAGUCAUGUGGUAAAAGGGAAUACUCUCAAAAAAGGAUAUCAAGUAAGUUAUCAAAUCAUACUGACUUGAAGCAGGAGAAAGCAAUGUCAAAUAUGCGUGCCAACAGACACGUCGAAGAGACGUAUGAUCGACGUUAUCGCGAUAUGACCACUCAAGAAUUGCAAGAAGAACUGAAAUUUCGUCUGUGGAAAAUGAAGGAAGCUAAAAAACAAGAACAGUAUACGAAACAGCAAAACCAAUGUUGCUGUUGCUGUAGCAUAAAUGUUCCCGUUGUGGAGAAGAUGAGAUUCUCUUCACCGUGUCGGUGUUACCAAGCCAUCCCUCGAUGUCCCAACUUGUAUAGCGGCACGCGUUAUUGAUUCCAAUGAUAGCAAACAUUUGUCGACUGUCACUGUAAUAGUUUACGUAUUUCUUACAACGCCUCAGCCGUAUAUAAAAAAAAUUUCAUAGUGUUGUUUUCAAAA